AUGUCCCCUGUGGACACGAGAGCUGCAAUUCGUCCCUACGCUUUCCUUCUGCUGUCUGCCAUUGGCAUUCCAUCCAAUCUGGCCAUCUGCUUCGCCUUCUUACGUGCCCUACGCAAUGACAGAAGAUUGCUGACUGCAGACGUCAUCCUGUGCCAUCUCACCUUUUCUAACCUAAUGCUGGGCUGCACGGGUGGGAUUCCCCAAACGCUGCACACAUUUGGCUACAAACUGAAGUUUACCGACCUUGAUUGUAAAUUAAUCUUCUUGUCCUUCCGCUCAUUCAGGGGCCUCUCCAUUAGUCUAACAUGCCUGCUAAGUACGUAUCAGGCUGUGGUGAUCUCUCCUGCCUCCUCCAAACUUGACACACUGAAGUCACAAAUUCCCAGGUUCCUGACGCUUACGGUGACAUUGCUGUAUGUGCUCUACUUUGUGUCAUGUAUCAGUACUGCCAUCCAUGGUGUUGCGAACCUUGUUAACAACACUAUGCCUCCAUACACGUUUAACUUUGAAUUCUGCUAUGCUACCUUCUACACAUUUACAGCACUCUUUGGGAUUGGCAUGGCGGUCAUGAUGAGAGAUCUUGUGUUUAUAGUGCUGAUGACCAUCAUGAGCGGAUACAUUUUGCUGCUUUUCUACCGACACAGCAAGAAGGUGAAGAGCAUCCGAUCAUCAGAUCGAGCACAGCUAGGAGCACGAGCUGAAGUGAAGGCAUCACGUGCUGUGGUUACUCUCGUCACUAUCUAUGUGGUCUUCUUUGGCAUUGAUUGUGUCAUGUGGCUGUACUCGAUUUCAGUUGUGUGGGUUGAGCCUCUCAUUUCUGACAUUAGAAUGUACUUCACCAUGCUCUAUACUUCAGUGUGCCCCAUUGUGAUCAUCGCCACUAAUCCCAAGGUUCAGACCAAACUUCGGGUCUACAUACCAGAGAGGACAACUCAUUCAGUGGACACCCUCAGCUCCACAGUUUAA